UAUAUAUUUUUUUUUUUUUUUUUUUAAGAAAUACAUAUCUCAAGUUAAGAUACUUAACGCAAGAGAUUAGAGAUAUUAUUAAAAUGUGAAAAUAAAAUUAGAAAAUUGAUUAUGUAAUAAAUUUUAUUUUUUACUCAAUUAAUGACAUUAUCAAUGAAUAUACUUAACUCGAUCAUUAAUUUUUAAAUAUACAAUUUUUAAAAAAUAUAUUACCCAUAUGUGUCUUGAAACACGUGAUCCCUCUUAUGACGUAUCACAUGAUUUAGACGUAUCACGUGACAGCACAAAAAAAAUACAGUUUACGACGCGUUUAGGUUAUAUGUGAGGUGAAACUUGAAGUAUAUUGAAGAUGUUAAAAAGAAAAAAUGACGUAGCAUGCGAAAUUAAAUCGUGAUACUUCAUUUCGAUAUGGAUGCAAUGAAAAAACAAAGAGGAAUAAGAUACGCAUAAUAUAAAAAUGACAGAUACUUUAUAUUUGCAUACCUUGCCGUACGAAGUGUUGCUACUAAUUUUUGAUUUUUGCGAUGGUUACGAUCUGCUGCGACUCAGCAAUGUAUGCAAGCGAUUUUAUGAUAUCGUAUGCUCGGACACGGUUUGGAUCAAAAAGAUCAGAGGAUUUCUUAUUACGAAUCAAAUAUCAGAAAGAUUUCGUAGGAGAUGUAAUCCAGUAUUAUCAUCCCCACGCACUAUGUUGCGCAUAUCUAACAAUUGGCAAUAUGGAAGAUAUAAGUGGAAAAAUAUAAAACCGUGUAGAGUGAAUGUGAUGCCAUGGCUGCAAAUGACAAGUAAUUCUAUCUGGUGGAGUGGUGGUUAUCAGCUUUGUGGUUUUAAACGUAGUUCAAACUAUUUUAAAAAGAAACACAAUGAUCAUGAUAAUUGUUUUUAUCAAAAUGUGUGCGAAACAGAUAUUUGCAAAUUUGUUCUUUAUAAAAAUUCCCUUAUAAGUGGUCAUAGCAAUGGUGAUAUACAAUAUUGGCGAGAUAUAUCACAUGGUUAUCCCAGUAGUAUAAGGAAACUUAAGUGUUCUCAUGCUUGCGACAUUAAUGGCAUAGAUGCAACGUCGCAAAAUAUUAUAUCAGGUUCAAAUGAUGGUAUGAUAAAGAUACAAAAACAUGUAGAUAUUGAAGAAAGUAAUUUUGACGAAAAUGAAAUUAACAUAGAUUUCAUGGAUAAAAUAGACAGAGUGCGGUCGCUCGCGAUUGAUCCCACAGGAACGCAAUUUGCUGUUGGAUCGUCCGGAACUUCCAUCAUUCCACCACUUCAUUUAAUCAAUAUUGAAACACUUACACGAGAUUUCAGUUACACGAUGUUCGAUGAAAUACGGUAUCCUUGGAAAUACGGUGCUGGAAUAUUAGACAUGGUGUGGGAUAAUCCACAUACUUUACUCACCUGUGGCUAUGAUACAUGUGUCCGAAAAUGGGAUUUGAGAAUUGAGAAAUGUGUUGCUUCAUGGGCAGAUCCAAAUGAUGCAGCAAUAUAUUGUGUUUCAUCCGAUUAUCAAUACAGUAUAGUUACAGGAACACAGAAUAAUGGUGCAGCAGUUCUAUGGGAUCAGAGGAAGUGUAAUUUUGUUCAGGUAUAUUUUAUAAGUUUGCAAAUAAAUCAUAGCAGUCCAAUCUAUUCUCUACAAUUUGAUAGCAAUUAUAUGUAUUGUGCUCUGGACCGAUGUUUAGCCCGAUUAAAUUUCUCACACCAGUCGUGCAAAAAGAAUGAUUUCAAGCAAUACUAUUUACAAAUGAAUAAUAAUACCUAUCGAUUGUUAUUGUAAAACUGUUUGAUUGCAUACUAUUUAUAAUCCGAUAUAUAGAAGAUGCAAAAAAUUAUUCCUUUCUCUUAUUUCUUGAGGAAUUAAUGUGUAUUAUAUAUCUUGUAAAAAAUU